CCUGGCUGUGAGAGGAGAGGACCAAUCGGUGGAACGGUAGUCCGUGGAAAUGGAUGUCUGCCGACGGGAAGCUGGGUCCAACUUAGGGAGGACACACAACAGGGAGAGGAACACGAAGAGGAUCUUUGUCGGAGUUUUUCAGCCACCAAAUGAGGCCUCACGAGGAGAGCAGCUCUAAUACUGUUUCCUACACACAGUGAUGGUGGUGUGGGUGAUAGAGAACUUCCGAGCAUUCUUGUGUUUGAUUGACUCCAUCUUUAUCCUUGGAUGACAAGUUUGGGUUAAAAUAAGGCCAAUAACGCGUUUAUCCGUUGGGCUCAAGUCAGGUGUAAAAAUUGAAAAUAAGAAAAUCACUCCCUUCGAAAGUGACGCUUGAAAGUUUCGACCAAGUUAAGACUUCAUCUCAUUAAAACUCCUCGCCCAAGGGAAUGUUUGGCUUUUCUAUGUCACCCAUUGGCCUCGAUUUGAACGAUUCCCAAGCUUAUGGGUGGGCAUCGCUCCCUCCAACCUCGUCAAUGAGCCCAAGGCACCACUGACAGCCAUAAAUGUUAUACGGUCUCCUCGUUGGGACCAGCUUGGAACACAACAUGUAUUCUGUCUAUCAAUGCCUUCUGUUCUGAGGCAGUGUGUGGAAACAAUCAACUUAUUCCGGACAAUUGACUCCUGGUCCAAUCCUAGCAAGAGCCGUCUCCACUCUGAAAUUCUCUAUGUAAAGGGUCGAGAAUGCUGCACUGAGAAGACACUGUCACUUGAUUUGUUGCCACUCCGAUUUUGGCUAGCUUCCAACCACCAAGAUUGUCUUUCUGGAGAGGCUAACGAUAAUAUGACUAUGACGACUCUUUGUUGGUAAUGGUGGGACUUUGCUUUACAAUCCCACAAGAAUCGAAACGGGCUGAAAAAGUCGGCAUGAAUUCCACACGACGAUUGGGAGCCAUUACGAUUAAAUGUGCCGGCUAGUCAGCCCCCAGCGAUGAAGCGGAAUAAUGAAAAAAUUGUGAAAGGCUCUUUUUGUUUUGACGGGGUAACCCGUAAGACUCCACGGCAAACUAACGAAGUGAGAGACGAACCAAAGGCCAAGUGGAUCUGAAGAGAGAUUUGCCUUGUUUUACUGGGAACCCCGUGGAAGAAUGGCGUUUUAAUUGGACCGUUUCCGGACCCAUUUGUUUUUCGUCGUCGACCAGAGAUUGCCUGGACACCCCAGCAAAAAUGUCGGUUCCAAGGUCAUUAUGGUGUUUGUUCCGUUCGCACUACUUUCUUCUGAACUUGGCGAUAUUUCUCUGCCUAAUGGACAAAUCAGUAUGGUCCAGGAUCGAGAAGGUGAACUAUCGUCAAAAGGAAAAGCAAGUUCUCGAUUCAAUUUUGGGUCAAGGCUAUGAUAAGCGCAUUAGACCCUCUGGUAGGAACGAGACAGUGUGGAAUGCGGGUGAUGGUCCCAAGGAAUUCUGGGAUGGCCCGACCACCGUCACUGUGAACGCCAUGAUUCGAUCCAUUAGCAAAAUUGACGAUUAUAAAAUGGAGUAUAGUGUGCAGGUCACCUUCCGGGAACAAUGGAACGAUGAGAGGCUACGGUACUAUGACGAAACCAAAGGCCGAUUAAAGUAUCUCACUUUGACGGACCCAACCAAAGUGUGGAUGCCCGACACAUUCUUCAGGAACGAAAAAGAAGCCCGAAAACACGAGAUCAUAGUCCCAAAUGUGUACGUGAGAAUUUUCCCUAAUGGAGAAAUUCUCUACAGCAUAAGGAUAUCCCUCACGUUGGCCUGCCCCAUGGACCUUCGACUCUAUCCAUUGGACAAACAAGUGUGCGUGCUCCAGAUUGCUAGUUAUGGAUGGGCCAAGGAUGAUCUCAUUUACCAGUGGAAAGAGAAAGAUCCGGUUCAAGUGGUCCAUGGUCUUCAUUUGCCAAGGUUUACGUUGGAGCAAUACAAAAGUGCCUAUUGUGAUGUUAUCACCAAUACAGGGGAAUACAGUUGCCUCAAGGUCGAACUAAUCUUCAAGAGAGAGUUCUCCUACUACCUUAUCACCAUCUAUGUCCCUUGCUGUAUGUUGGUUAUUGUGUCCUGGGUGAGCUUCUGGUUGGACCAAAACGCUAUUCCUGCCCGGGUUUCGUUGGGCGUGACCACUCUCUUGACGAUGUCGACGCAGACGUCAGGAAUCAAUGCUCAACUACCACCUGUAUCCUACACUAAGGCCAUUGAUGUGUGGACAGGAGUUUGCCAAUGUUUCGUGUUUUGCGCACUCUUGGAAUUUGCCCUCGUCAACUAUGCAUCCCGAUCUGACAUGCAACGUGAUAGAGCCCGUGAGCGCAUGGAGCGAGCUCGACGACAAUGGGAGCUGGAACACGCAGAUAUGGAACAAACGCAGCAAUCAGGGUCCAAUGGGCCCACAAACUCCUUGGGACCGCCUGGGUCGUUUGCUCGCACUUCAAUAGGCGGCGCGACAACUUUGAGUGGGGCUAAUUCCCACCAAACCAUGAAUCAUAUCGGCUCAGCGGCGGAUCAAGAUGGCAUCCCAGGGUUUCCCUUGAAGAAGAGGGGAGGCCACAAUUUUGCCAAUGCCUUACGGGAGAUGAAUGGAGCUGAACCGUAUCGCGGGACAACAACAUAUCCUCAUCCCCAUCACAGCAAUGAUGACCUGACAUUUCCCAGCAUGAACACCACCGGUUUCAACACCAGCCAGCCUUCUUCUUUGGCUUAUAUGCUUCCACCGGAAAUGGGUCGGCCUUGUGAGGUUCACAUGAACCCGUUUCCCCCUGGAAGUGGACCAGGGCACGGAGGAGGUUUUGCCGCUGGCAUGACCGGCACUGGAAACCUCAUCGGCCAUACCUGUACCUACUUGUUGUGCUGUGGAACCCGUGGCUUGCUUUCCAAAUUCCCCUCCAGGGCCAAGAGAAUUGAUGUCAUAUCCAGGUUCAUCUUUCCGUUGAUAUUUGCCAUCUUCAAUCUCGCGUACUGGCUCUACUAUCUGUUUGCUAAGAGCAAAAGUCCUCAAUUUGAAGACACUCCUUGAGGAAAAGCCUGGUGGGAAACGUGAGUCUUGCAGCUCUCCAUAGGUAGUGAACGAAGGAACAGCAGAACCACUUAGGCACACUAUCACUACCUUUCGGGCGGGAACCGUCGAGUUGCUUGCUUGCGAAAAGAGAGAGAGAAUUCCCGCUUUCAUCGAUGUUGCUCCUUCUUCAUUCAGCUCGUUGGCCCAGGAGGCAACCACGUUCCAAGAGAUCCCUUUAGCAUGGCUGUCAUCAAAACGGAUUGCCAACCUCGGCCGCCCAAGCUGCUGGGUGUUAAAGUGAGUGAGUGAGUAACUAAGUGAGGGAGGAAGGGCAGGGCGAGGGGGAGAAAAAAAAGUGGUGUGAUAUAGCGAAUCGGCUUCUCCAUUUGCGCUUAACCCUGGAGCCAAUUUAUGUACUUUGGUGGAUCGAUUCAGGCUGACUCAAGAAAAGGCUGGCCCCAGCUAAGACAACGUCUCGAAUGGAUGAACCAGGCUACCAACGAUACCAACACAAACCAAGAACCACUUGGCGGAGAAAUAAGAGAUGGAACUGAGAAGAUUUAGGGUCGUUUCAAAGGAAAAUGAAAUGGUGUCCUUGUCGACCCCCAAGAAACUCAAUUCAAGGCGUUUGUCUUCGUCGUCGUCUCCUUCGACUUCCUUUAAAGAAAUUCCUCACCAAUGUGAUGACCAAAUAUUGUGCGGCCAAAUUGGCUGAAAAAGUGCUCCUUCAUUUAACUUGACCUCGAUGUUUGCAUGAGUCCGAAGGUCAAUUCCAUUCAUGCUUCAACACAAGAUUAUUAACUUCCACGACCUUCGUCUUCGAAAUAAUUCACCCAAAUUUGAGCUUAUUCUCAAGUGUGCUUGAUUAUCGCCAUGGUCUACCCCCUCCACUCACUCCUUCCACUUUUGGCAGCAUUUUUCCCCUUUGAUAUUCAUCUCUUGAAAUUGGCUAUUUUUGUGACUGACUUUGCCAAGUUUUGCAGAGCUCCCCUGUUUCUUCGCCGAGACCUUUUUACAAUCAGCCAAGAGAUCCAUCUUCCAAAUUAGUUGAACUCCCUCCAGUGAAACCAAGGGAAUUAUGUUCGUCGUGCUUGUUCUUGCCUCCAUAAAAGUUGUUUUUGCGAAAUGA